AUUUUUUACAAGUCUUCUUUGUCUGAUAACUGACAGAGAAUUUGAAUAAUUCAAUUUUUGAAGGUGGUAAACUGAAAACUUAUUUUUAAUCAAUCUCAGUGAUUUUUCUGACUACUGUUUCAAUCGUUUGGAAUUCCAAAUUCCCAAAUAUCGAGAACUUCAUAAUAUAUGUUAACGUAACAUCAACAUGGGUGAAGUUCAAUGGCCAUGGCAAUAUAGUUUCCCACCGUUCUUCACAAUCCAGCCAAACGCGGAGACGAGACAGAAGCAAUUAGACGCUUGGAGGACUUUGCUAUUGGAUUACUGUCGCAUGCAGAAAAUCUGUGUUAUUGAUGUGCGAGAAGGAGAUCUAUUGCCUGUUUUCAAUAAUACUAACAUAUCCAGGAAACUGUCACCCGAAGCGAUCAUGACGGUUUUAGGCGUUCUACAGAAGACGGGAAACGCCGAACCGCUUGACAAGACUAGAACAAGGUGGAAUGUUUAUUGGCACACGUUGGACGAAUGGGCGUCGAUUGUGUACAAAUGGGCUCAGGACAACGCCAUGCUCAACACUGUGUGUACGUUCUACGAGAUAGCCAGCGACAGUGGCGAUCUGAACGGUAUUGACGACGGAGUGCUGACCAAAGCGUUAAGGGUGUUGGAGAGACGUCAACAGGCGGAAAUACUAACGCUCGAAGGAGGAUCGGGCGUCAAAUUUUUUUCGUAGACCAACGUGAAACUCUGCAGGUUCUAUCUGCCAUGUACCACACGGUACCGGUUAUAUUAUACCUAAAUAAUAUGUCGUGUGUCUGUGCGACUAUAUUAUAAGUACCUAUAUGUAACGUAUGCGGCGUAGCAUUAUAUUGUGUUAUGUAGAUAAUAUAAUAUGCGUACGAUAAUAAUAAGAUAGGUAAUAUAAGACUAUAGUGUAUAUAAUAAUCGAUCAUGUUUAUUUAAUUUUUUUUUGUUUAUCCAUCGAUUAAUUUUAAAAAAAAAUGAACAAACCACUUUUCACUAUGUGUUUGAUUUUACAAAAUGGGACUCACUAAUAAUAUGUAUAUUAUGUAAUCGUAUAAUAAUUUAUUAAAUAUAUUUAAAAACAAAAAAAUCACAGUUAAAUAAUAAAAACUAUAUUUAUCUAACGAAAUGUUACACAUACAAAUGUUUAUCAUAUUUUUACAACCUUGAUGACGAAUAAAUGGUAAUUGGUUUUCACAACAUAAUUGUUUUUUUAACCGAGACGCGAGUGUGUGUUUGUGUACACAUUCGUUAGAAGAAUGUGCGUGUUUUAGCGAAAAAACAAUGUACAGUUUUCGAAUAAAACAAAUCCAAUACGCUUAUCACUAUCUGCUAAGCUUAUAACUGGUUCCUUUAUAUGUACAUAUAUAAUAAAUUAAUUUUUAUAUAAUAUCCAAUUAAAAACACGAUUUGUUUGAUAUAUAAUAAGACGUUAAGCUUACAAAAUAUCUUCAAUGUAUAUAACGGUACUAUAGUAUAUAUAAUUAAAUAAAGUUAGCUGCUAAAUUGACUACUCAACAGUAAUGGCUCUAAAAUAAAUAUAUAUAUUUACAUAUUAUAUUGUAAAUUCCUUUCAAUUACAAUAAUUAUAUAGUAUUACUUUUCCAAACAAACCAGAAGGGACAAUAAUUUACCGAUUAAAAUAAUUGAACAACGAGCGAACUGAUGCAGAUCAAAGGAUUCCUACUUUUGAGCAACAAACAAUAAUAAAUUUAAAACAACUCAAUUCAUAAUUUUUGGCACGUACACCUCAGUCGUUAAAGGCAAACCGUAUAGCUUAAAUAAAAUAUUAUUAUUUUCUUUUUUACACAAACAUUAAUAAUAUAACUUAAAAAAAAAUAUACAAUAGGAACUGUUUCGUUUAAAUAUUGGCGAGAGGAAUAAUUAUAUUAUUACAUGUGUACGAAAAACGCUGGGAAGACUCUGAACAAAGUUAUACAACAUAAAAUUAAUAAUAAUAAUAAUAAUAAUAAAAGAAAAAAAGAAAGAAAAAA